AUGGAUGAUAGGAGAUUUAAGCGAGUGUUUGUAGCUUAUAGGUGCUCCAUACGAGGUUUCAUCAACUAUUGCAGGCCCAUGUUAGCAAUCGAUGCUUGCCACUUGAGUGGUAAUUAUAAAGGAACAAUGCUUGGUGCAACGGGGUUCGAUGCGAAUGAUGGCUUGUGGCCUUUGGCGUAUGCUGUUGUUUCUUCUGAGAAUGAUGAUGAUUGGCAUUGGUUCUUGAGCAAGGUGAAAGAGAUUCUAGAUGGUCGCAUUGUGACAAACUUAAUCGAUAGGCAUCCGAGCCUAAUAAGCUGUAUUAGAGAUAUUUUUGGCUCCCAGUACCACUCAUGGUGUCUUCGUCACCUAACGGCGAAUUUUUCUACAUCCAUUCUUGGGAGACAAAGUUUAGGAUUGAGGGCUUCGGGUAAAGAGCAUGCGAAAAAAUUACUCGAUAAAAUUGCAUAUGCUCGAACUGUAGAUGAGUAUGAGAAUGCAUUGGCUACCAUGUGGGUAUUUCGAGGGGAGUUGUGCGAUUGGGUUUUGGCGAAUUCACCUGAACAUUGGUCAAAUGCUAUGUUUACUUCCAAGCGUUGGGAUAAAUUAUACACCAAUCAAGCAGAGUCCUUCAAUGCAUGGGUGAAAGAAGAGAGGUUUUUUCAAUCACAAGGCUGA